AUGCAUUUCCUCACUUCUCUAGUUCUACUCACCUCAACCCUAUCCCAAGCCGCUCCUACAGGAAACAAUCUCAACACCAAUACAAUAACCAAGGCCAUCCGCGCCUCCCCGAUACCUGUUGGGACCCUAAUCACCCACUGCACCACCCCAGGCACAAUCGCCCUCACUUUCGACGAUGGUCCAUACAUCUAUACACCUCAGUUGCUAGAUAAUCUUGCCAAAAACGGGAUGAAAGCAACUUUCUUCCUCAAUGGCAAUAACAGAGGAAGUAUCGAUGCCUCUUCUCAGAUAGUCCAGCGCACCUUUGCAGAAGGACACCAGCUGGGGUCUCAUACAUGGAACCACGCCUCCCUCGACACACUCCCAUACGCGGAAAUCGUGCAGCAAAUGACAAGCCUCGAAGAGUCCUUCAAGCGCAUCCUAGGCUUCUUCCCAACCUACAUGCGACCCCCCUACCUCGUACAAACGCCCGCCGUCCUAGGCGCCAUGGCGGAUCUAGGAUACCAUGUCAUUGGGGCCAGUGUUGAUACGAAGGACUACGAGAACAUUACACCGGAUACGAAUUGGAUUAGUUUUGAGAAGUUCUCGAGGGAGGUUGAUGCUGGCGGAACGAUUGUGUUGGCGCAUGAUGUUCAUCAGACUACGGUUGAGAUUUUGGUGAAUAAUAUGAUUGCCGAUGUUAAGAGGAGGGGAUUAAGAGCUGUUACUGUUGGCGAGUGUCUUGGUGAUCCGUCUGAGUAUUGGUAUCGUGCUGGGAGGUAG